AUGACAGAUCCCACACUCCAGAAGGUAGGUGCCCUCCACUCCAUCGUACCCUUUCAGUUGGACUUGCUAUUACUGCGACUGGCUGAGGUGGCGCCUCUCAAAACUCACAAAUACUUCCGCGUAGCCGUCCCGCAAGCGCUGACCGGCCAGAACCUGAUCCAGCUCUUGCACGAGCUCCUCAACCUCGAGGAUACGGCCGAGGCCGUCCAUCUCGCUACCCUCCUGCUUCACUACGGAUACAUAUUUUCGGUCAUAGAGCCGUCCAACGUCGUCAAAGAUGACAACACCCUCUACAGGAUACAGCUCCCCUACUUCUGGCCGUCGCACGCCAAACAUGUCGACAACAUUGAAUACGGUAAGUCCAAUAUUGUUUAGUCACUGUGUUUUGAUUAUUUUAAUAAAAUAGUGAUUAAAGUCAACAAAGUUGUUGUCAUUUAUGGACAACCUUGAUUUUUUUGUUUUUACUGUAGUAGAACCAGUGCAUAUAACGUCAAUUAAAAACUGUAAGAAACAGAUGUUUAUUACCGGUUUAAUCACCAAAACCUCACUUUUUUGAUCGGAGGGUUUUCGACUAGUCGAUAACUUCCUUCGAUCGGAAUCAUUGUCCGCUACCUUUAAAGCAAGUGUUUUGGUGUAAAACUCUUUUAUAUAUGAUUAUUUUUGUCAAGUUUCUGUUUUUUUUUUAAUUUCCAAGAAAAUGUGAUUUUAAAUUAUAAAUUUAGAUCUGAUUCAGAUAUUGAAUAAUUUUAAAAUCUGAUUGAUGUGACGAUUUGUGUAACGUCAACUUAGAGAAUCAUUCGAAAUUCGUAAAAUUAGUCAUCUUGAUCUAAUUGCAGCCAUUUACCUGAACAAGCGAUUGAUGCGGAAUGAACAGAAGCAUGGUCUGGAGGAAGAAGAGAUCGAGCACUACAACAAACUGGCCGAACUUCUCGCUCACAUGUGGGGAUUCAUCACGAUCCAGGCCGAGAUGCAGGUCAAGAUCCAGAAGGAGAAGAAGAAGAGCGAGAAGGUGGUGUUCGACAGUGAAGAACGUGCCUUCUGGAGACUACGCCGACCGUUUGGGCCUGGGCAACCGAACUGUCUGGAAAGGCCGAUGCAGAAAAUAGAACGUCGACUACGGAAGUGCACGCUACAAGGGCAUCGUCAACGAGUAGAUCGACUGAAGCUGGCCUUGAAGACGAAGCCAUGGCUGAAAGCGAUGAAAGCCAGCGAGACGAUGGUGGCUUCUGUAGAACACAUGCAAGACUACGACCCGUUCCUCUCGGCGCCCCACCCUCCCAACCCAUGGGUUACCGACGAUACCUCGCUCUGGACCUUGAAUACAGACGCGUAUGUUAUGUUUGAUUACUUUAUCGAUACAUUUUUUAAAACUUCUAACGGUAUAGUGGAGAUUCCUUUUGACUAAAUUUUUCAGCCUUCUUCCAAUAAUAGAACUUGCAUUUUAGUGUGGAAGUACCGACAGAACGACGAGUCAAACGGUGGGGUCUCAGCGUGCAAGAACUGGUCAGAGACAGUAUUGGGCGACAAGUAAGUUCAAGCACUCUCUGAAUUUACAAUCAUUAGGUACUGGAAACGUUCCUCGAAUCCGAAUUCUCAUCCGAAAACAUUCGCUUCUGGUCGGCCGUCCAAGACCUCAAGUACUCGCCCAACAGUCAGAUCGAAGGGAAAUCACAGCAGAUUCGAGAUGACUACCUGGCACCUGGUGCUCCAAAUCAGGUAUGUCAUUGUAUCUGUUGCAUCACUUAUUUUAGACGAUAUUAUAUGAAGAAUCAGAAGGAACAGCACAACUAUCAAGUAGAUAAUCUAAUAAUUAUGACAACUUCAGGUUAACGUUGACUCCAGAACGUUGGAGGAAACCCUGAAAUGCCUCGAAAACCCCAAGGUUCCACCUCGAUUCGCAUUUUACUGCGCCGAAGAACACGUUUUUACAUUAAUGAGCAAAGAUUCGUAUCCACGAUUUCUACGAUCCCAGAUCUACAAAGGGAUCCUCCACGCAGCACAACAACAAGGUCAGUAUACCUAUUAUACAUAAUAACAUAUUAAACCUAAUACAUAUACCCAUAAAACCUAAUAACUAUACCUAUUAAACCUAAUAACUGUCCUUUCAGGAAAAUCAAAGACAUUCAUCAUAUCAAAAUUUAAACCGAGCAAGUAACCGUCCAUUCUUGUCCUUAUCCACCAACUCAGGUAGGCCCCAGCAGGCGGUAUUACGUAGUUUAGGUAUGUGGGAUGUCUCUACCAUUGCGGGUCACUGCCAACACAAUCAGAAGGAUCACUGCCGACCUAAUUAA